ACGCUCAAACAUGCAGCAGCUCAUCGCGUCCGCUCUACUGGCUUCACUGUGGACCCUCUGCACGGGAUCAGGAGAUUGGUGCUAUCAGUCCCAAUUCAGCUGUGAUCAUCAGUGCAAUGCACCAGAGAAGUGGGACCAUGCAGACAGCAAAUGUGGAGGAAAAUACCAGUCACCCAUCAAUGUUGUCACCAGAAAGACUCUGAAAGACGAGCGACUGACUCCUUUUAAAUUUGACAACUACCAGCAGACCUUCAGAGGCACCAUCAAAAACAACGGACACUCAGUUCAGGUUGGAGUCCCUCACAUGAGCACCGUCUCAGGUGGAGGCCUGCCAUCCACCUACAAGGCAGUGCAAUUCCACCUGCACUGGGGCAACAAUGGAGGGCCUGGCUCUGAACACACCAUCGAUGGGGAGCAGUAUCCCAUGGAGCUGCACAUUGUUCACAUGAAGCACCACUACACUGACCUGACCACAGCACUAUCAGACCCCGAAGGAGUUGCAGUCCUUGGUUUUUUCUAUGAGAGGUCAAACAGUGCAAACCGAAAGUAUGAUCCCAUCAUCAACGCUCUGAAAAGCAUACAAAACAAAGACGGAAAUACAUCUCUGCUUCCCGUCUCUCUGGCUCAACUGAUCCCAACUGAGCAGAAUCUGACCUCUUAUUACCGCUACAAGGGCUCUCUCACCACUCCGGGGUGCACCGAGGCUGUGGUCUGGACUUUGUUUGAGAGCCCCAUCCCACUGAGCAUUGAGCAGCUGCGGGCAUUCUCUGAGCUCAAGUUCCAAGAUGGGAAGGCGAUGGUGGGGACCUUCAGGCCGGUGCAGCCACUGAAUGGCAGACAGGUGUACCGGUCAGGUGGUGUUGUGACCCUCAUCAGCUCUACCCUCCUCAUGGUCACCAUCGCUACUGCCUUGGGAUUUUCCCAACCCAACUAGAGCAAGACAUCUCAUGCUGCACUGCGACAUCCAUGAACACAAUAAGUUCUGUAUCAUUUUAAACUGAACUCUGGUUUGUAAACUCUCCAUUGCAUGGUUGCUAAGAUGAUGGACCACGUCGUAGUGCAGCCAACACUCACCUGGUGUUCCUCCCGUACAACACAAAUGACAAAGGCGUUCAAGGAAUGCUUUACGAAAGGUGCUGUAAAGGUUCGAUCAGAUUCAUGCAUGCGUAGUGAAGCAGUAGGUCUUAUUUCAGCGUUUUGAAUGUGCCAUAAAGAAGGUUACCAAGCACUAAAGAGAUAACUCUAAGUCCACACCAGAUCCCUGAGUCAUACCCAAACUUUUCACCACACCAUACUACAAUAACACAAGCACAAACACACAUCCUCGUACCCUUUAGACGUCAUCCGCUUCUUCCAAUGUCAGGUAAAUUUAGUCUCCGCUAAUGUCUCUGAUGGGUUGUGCUCUGAGUGCCGUUGUUGCCCCCUGACCCAGCACGUGAUGUGUGGUUCCCUCAGUGGUGCAUGUGAACAGCAUUGCGCUAUUAAUAGCAAGACUGAGUCACAAAAACAAGCUCCAUUUCAAAGCCAGCGGUCAAAGGAGUCAGCAGUUAGGCCUUUUCUCUCCUGGUCCAGGAGCACAGAGCGCAGCCAUCAGGUGAACCUGCACAGUCACUCAGUCAGCAGCUGGUGGGACGUGAGAGGGCAGUGAGCAGUGUGAGGUUUUGCAUUUCUCACAGGGAACGACUGCAUGCUGAUCUGAGAGCAGAGCUGCAGUCUAUCUCAGCUUAAAAUCAAACGCCACUGACACCUGAGACCAGGAUGAGGAGGCAGAGAUGCUAACGCUAAUCAUGACAAAGCAAUUGUUAGUCUGGUGUCAGAUAGAGGAGAGAGCACAAAGACUAUAAAAGAAGUGGGCUAGCCACUGCAACAUCCACCACGGGUCUAAGAACACCUGUUUGAAUCCUUGACUUUGGCAUUCCAGUGAUCACCAUCUUGAUUUUUAGAAUCAGAAGUGUCCACAUUCCAAAACAGGGUGGAAACAAAGUGUCAGAUUAUUUUCUUAGUUGAAACUUUGCAAUGGCAGCAACUCUGCUUUACCAUCAAUUUUUUCUCUCCGUGGGACUGUAGCUUUUAAGAAGCAAAUAUUACUGUAAUAAAGCAGACUUGAAACUAGUAAUUAAGACCAUAAACAUAUAAGAAAUGUUUACUAACUUACUACUUACUUAAGUGUAAAAUCAUCUGAUAUGUAUGCUCGUUUUCGCAAAGAUUUCUUAUCUGACUCAUUUUUGCAAACAGAUGAGUUUCCCCCCUGCUGGCGAUCAGAAAGAAUGCAGGUUUAAGGCACUUCAACAACUUCAUCCGUUUCUUAAAUGCAACGUAUCUGCCAAUCUGUCAACACCCAGCAUAAAAUGUCACUUCUUUCUUUGAGCAGCAACCUUGGGUGUCAGAAAAUUAAGCCAAAAUGGAAGUCCAAAAACCUGCAGUGUCCACCUGAGGCUGACUCCAAAAGCCAAAGGUUUUCGUCUCUUUAUCCCAUUCCUCUAUUAACUCUAAAAACUCUGUGGGUGAUGUUUUUGAUUUCUCAACCCUUGUGAUUUUAUCAAGGCUCAGAGUUUUGAGUAAUUUGCAGAGUAGCUGCUUUGACUGACAGUUGGGGGUGUUGUAGCGGUUUGCCAGACAACAAGUCUACGGCCUCAACUCCACCUCUCAGACUUAUCAUUAGAAAAUUAGCAAUUGGAGUCAGCAUUUCCAAUAUGGCGACCUCCAUCUUUAGGCUUCAGAGCGCCUUUUCAAAUCCAAUGGGCAGCAAAAUAGGACCAUGUUUCUUACUGUAUCUCUUCAAACCAAGUCAUUAUUCCAAUUCAUCUCCAACACUCUGCAUGAAAAUGCAUGUCUUGAUGUUACAGAUGCUAAUAAUGAGCUACAUGUUCAUGAAUGCAGGGUUAAGCUACUCACGCGAGUUGCCAAAUUCAUUCAUUACUCUACUCAGUCUCUCCACUGUUUCACUUUUGACCUGUGAAGUUCACCGAGCUUCUCCCUGAGAACAUGUGACUGUGUUCACGGCUUGUAAAAAAAGGGUCUCGGAUGCACUGAAUGUUAUCGACUGUGAAUUACACCCCACUGAGUUCUCGCUCAUUUAUUCAGGAGGACUCGCUCCGUAUUCUAGCGAGAGAUCUGUGCAAUUCGCCAGCAAGAUGUACUGUAAUGACCAAGCAAGGAAUCUGUGUAUAUAUUCCAUUGUUUCAUAAUGCAUCAAGUUAUAUUUCUAUGCUGUGUCAUUGUACACAUGUAUUUAUGUACCGAAUGUGUAUAUUGAUAUGAGACGCACAGUUAUUGUUAUUUAUGUAUUGGAAAGUUUAUAUAGUACUGAAUGCAAACCCAUAUAUAUGAAGCAUCAAGUUGUCCAUGACAUAUUGACUUUACUUAUGAUGUGUAAGUGUAUGAGAUUGUCAGGUUGUAAUGCUUGAAAGAGUCAUAAAUAAUAUGGAGAAUGUGUUCUGAACAAAAGAAUAAAAUACUGACAUGUCUUUUUAA